GACUGCCUGCAAAGAACGGUAUCGAUAGAAGUCUCCCGCCCCCUCCCCACAAAUGGCUGGGGAGCUCUGGCCACAGCUGCUGUUAUCAGUUCUCUUCCUCGCCCUCCCCCGGACCGUGUGACGGUCCUGCCCGGGUGCGCUCAGCUGCCAGAGCCCGGCGCUGCGUCACUCCGUGCCGGGAGAGGGGCUCUGCCUGCCGGGGCCGGUGUCUGCAGCAUGGAGAAAGGACUGGUUGUUACUCAGCUGGAUGUUGAGCCUGGUGAGUGCAUCAAGGUCAAGGGGAAGAUCCAGUCUGAUGCCAAAGGGUUUGCUGUGAAUGUGGGGAAGGACAGCAACACCCUCAUGCUGCAUUUCAACCCUCGCUUUGACUGCCAUGGGGAUGUCAACACCAUCGUCUGCAAUUCCAAGGAGGAUGGCGUGUGGGGAGAGGAGGACAGGAAGGCCGACUUCCCCUUCCAGCAUGGUGACAAGAUUGAGAUAUGCAUCUCCUUCGAUGAAACCGAGGCCACAGUGACGCUGCCCGAGGCAGAGUUCAAGUUCCCAAAUCGGCUGGGCAUGGAGAAAAUUGAAUACCUGGCUGUGGAGGGUGACUUCAAAGUCAAAGCCAUUAAGUUCAGCUAACAACUAUAGCUUGGUUUGUUUUGUUUUCUGCCCCCCCUUGUAGUGAAAUAAACCAAAACUUGCAAUGGC